GGCCCGGAAGACCGUUAAUACCCGUGGUGGUGCCGUUCCAUCUCGGGCGCUGGAGUCGGGCGGUAGUUUGCGGGCUCCCUCGUGGCGCGCGGGUUAGGCAGGUGUCCCGCGGAGCUCCAGGUCGCCGACGAGCACAGCGGAGCCCGGGCCACGAUGGACUUCCCCGGCUCGCUCCCACCCGCGUUGUUUAGGACCGGCCCCCUUGGCGUGAGUAACACCCCUGACCUGUCUUUCAUGUGUAGCUGGAGAGACGCGCUCACCCUGCCUGAGCCCCUGGCCCAGAACUCCCAGAAUGGGGUGUCGUGCACGGCCGCAGCCCCGCUCUGGGAGCCAGAGACCCCCGGGCCCCUUCCCUUGCUCCCUCCUGGUCCCGAUCCCUGGGACCCUGGGGUGACCGCCCGGGACCUGCUUUUCCGGGGAGGUAUCCCAUUCCGAAGAAAGCCCCGGGCCGUGCUGGAUGUGACGGAACAGCUCAGCCGCUUCCUGUGGGACCACGGGGACAUAGCCUUUGCGCCCCUGGGGAAGCUGAUGCUGGAGAAUUUCAAACUAGAGGGAGCACGGAGCCAUUCUAAGAAGAAGACAGUGGUCAGUGUGAAGAGUCUGCUCCAGGACCUCGGUGGACACCAGCCCUGGGGGCAAGUGGCUAAUGUCCCUGGGCUUCCCUCAGCUUCCGACAGCGCCGGUUCUCCAUCCUCGGGGGCCCCGUCCUGGGCACGUCUGUGGCCGGCCUGCUGGGAGAGCUGCUGCAUGAGGAGCUGGCCACGCGGUGGGAGCGGCUCCUCCUGGACGACGCGUUUACCGGGGGCGCGUUGGCCUGGGUGCCCGGAAGGACGCCCCAGGUGGGACAGUUGGUCUACCCUGCGGGAGGCGCCCUGGACAAGCUACAUUUCCAAGAGGUCAGCGUGGCCCCAGGUGGUGACCCCCAGGCCCUCGGCGACCCUGGCCACAUCCAGCUCCGAGGGCCUGUCCGGCAGGUGGCGACCCACACCGUGCAAGGGGAAGCCCUGCUGGCUGUCCGGUCUGACUACCACUGUGCCCUGUGGAAGGUCAGUAAGCAGGGGCGCCCCGCCCCCCUCCGGGUGCUGCAGAUCGGGAAGGGGGCCACAGGGAUCAGCCUCAGCCCUCACCUGCCUGGGGAGCUGGCUGUCUGCAGCCGUUCGGGAGCCGUCUGCCUGUGGACCCCCCAGGAUGGGUAUGCCCCCUUCCUGUGGCAGUCCUCUACCCCGGCGCGUCCUGGACCCCGGGCCGUGUCACCCGGUACCCACCCCCCCAUCAGCCUGUCUCCCCGCCCACGGCUGGCCCGUCUCCCCAAGGCUGCGGCAAAUCUACAAGGACCCCGAGACCCUUGUGUUCCGGGACCCCUCUCCCUGGCGCUGGGCAGACUUCACGGCCCAUCCCCGGGUACUGACCGUGGGUGACCGCACUGGAGUGAAAAUUAUCGACACUCAGGGCCCACCCGGGUGUGGUCUGCUGCUCUUUCGUGGGGGGGCAGAAGCAGCGUGCCAGAAAGGGGAGCGCGUCCUGCUGACCCGGUACCUGGGGGGGUGCGGCCCUGAGCCCCUGUGCCCCACGUUCCAUCUCAUCCUGACCCAGUUCUCGCUCUACCUGGUGGAUGAGCGCCUCCCCUUGGUGCCCCUGCUGAAGUGGAAUCACGACCUCCCCUCCGCCCCCCUGUUUGCCCAGCUGCUGCCCCCGCCCCAGCCCGGGCACGCACAGCCGCUGCUGCUGGGGGGCCAGGGCGGGCACCUGCGGCUGCUGCAGCUCGCAGGAACGGGGGCCUCCGCGCCCCGGCUGGCGGGCCCCCCCCAGUCUCUCCCCUCCAGCAGCGACUCCCUCUCCGCGUUCCCCCUGCUGGAGCCCAAGAGUCAGUGGCGGCUGCAGGAGCGUCUGAAAGCGCCAACCAUAGGUCUGGCUGCCGCGCUCCUGCCCUCUGCCUCCGCACCGGUCCUGUUCCUCUUCCAGCUUUCCGCGGCUGGGGAUGUCUUCCACCAGCGCCUCCGCCUCCAGGCGGACCCCGGGCUCGCCUCCAGUGCCCCCGUGGCUUCCUGGACUCCCCAGGCCACCGCCUGCUGCGGCCGGUGGCUGAAGGCCCUGCUGGAGAUACCCCUGCCUCCCCCCGUGUGGGCAGCACCCAACUUCUCCCACCGCCGUGUGCUAGGCUGCGUGGAACCGCGGCAGAUGGAACAGAAAGUGCCAGAUGCUCUCCGUGCGGCCAUGGCCGAAGGGCGACUCCUGCUGCGGAGGGACCUGGGCGCCGUCCCCUCUGCGGAGCCACCCCCUGCCCCCGAGCCAGGCCCCGAGGACGAGCUCAGUGCGCGUUUGGAGGCAGCCUGGGAAGGCCGGGCGGCCGCCUGGUGGGAGAGCCAGCAGGGCGGGAGCUCGGGGCCCGGGAAACGGCCCCGGCGGCACAAGCGCCGGACUCAGCUGUCCAGCACUUUCUCCUCGCUCAGCGGCCGCCUGGACCUCUCGGACGCCACCAGCCCGCCCCGCAGCCCAGACCGGACGUCCCCUGAGGCCAGGCCUCAACCACCGGUGACCCCGCCCUCCCAGGAGCUGACCCAGGAGCCGUGGGCUCGGGGUGUCCCCUCGGAGAGGCAGCAGACGCUCCGGGACUACAUGGCCAAGCUACCGCUCCGCGGGGACCCCCCAGGAGGCGUCCCGUCACCCCUGUCCCAGGCCUCCGGCGUCCGGGCCACCCCCUCCGGGCAGCAGCCCCUCCAGGAUGGCUCAGCGGAGCGGCCGCUCCGAAGGCACACCCUGGGAGGUGCCGCCGUGCCCUCUUCCCAGACCUCCAGCGUCCGGGCCACCCCCUCCAGGCAGCAGGCGCCUGUCCCCUCGGGCUCUCAGCCGAGGAGGAGGAAGCCCCGCAUGGGCUUCUGAGGCCCCGGGAAGCUGCUCCCCCACCCCGAGAGCCCUUCUUCUCCGACAGCUGCCCCUUCCAGGCUGGAGCCCAGGAAGUGGAGAGAACAGUCUCCAGGGGGCAGACCUUUCUGCUUCCUGGAGGUCACAGGACUGCAGGAAAUACCCCAGAAAUGAUUGGGAGCCAAGUCAGAGCCACGGGGACAGCAAAAUAGUCGUUUCUCCCUGUUUAUGCUUUUGCUCGAAGAUCCUUCCUGACCUCACGUUGCAAAGGCCCCGGUGGUCCCGUCGACCCAUGCAAAGGCCUGAAGGUCCGUGUUGUUGGGAUUCGUUCCCUGCAGGGGACAGUGUUGUGCUUAAAAGCAGGGGCCCCGUCGACAUUGGGGUCACGGUGCGGGUGCCUCACUGUGCUCAGGGAGGCUGCUGGUGCUGGUUAGUGGGUGUUUGUUGAGCAGUUUCAACCAGGAUCUAAUGUUCCCUAGGGGGAGACACUCGGUCCCGUGUUUGGGGAUUGAAUAAACUCGGCCGCUGAGCCCGAGCCCGGUAGCGUCCCCUUGCGUGGCUUUUGACGUGUAAUGCGUGAAUUGACGUCCUCCGAGGCAUGUGUCUCAGUGAAAGAUCCUGCUGUCCUGGGGGGAAAGGGGCCCCCAGAACGUCACAGGACACCAGGACUUCACCCAGAUUACUUAUCUCACGUGAGGAGAAGACUGGUCCUUUCCUCGGGCACCUGAAGGAAAGAGGCGCACACGACUCGCACAGAUUAAAUAACACCCUGACUCGG